AGUUGAUUUGCACAGCGUGCUAGUUUCGCGCCAGCAUUUUCGCGGGUGGUGACAACUACACUGAUAAUCGGCGAGAAAUGAAACACCCCAAAUAAGAUAAUAUCGGUUAUACUUGCAGUAUAUUUGUGGCGUUCAUGGUAUACUUUUAUUUGAUCGUUUGUAUUCUAUCAGGAGUACUAAGGUGUGAGAGGAACCAGGAUGAUGGCAACGGUGCCCCUGACCAGCUCCAGUCUCCUCCCUCUGCUGGAAUCUCUGGAGGAUAUCACAGCCGGACAGCCGGAGCAGACAGACGCCUACCUCACCAUUGUCAAUCGUCUCAGUGGGGAUGAUGGAACACAGUUUCUCCCUGCCGUUGUAAAGAACUUUUCACGUUUGGGUAGAACUUUCCAGACCCAUAUCGCCAGUCAGAAUGCAGAGCUGAGCCAGGCUGCACUACAGGCCCUUGGGUUCUGUGUGUUCCAUGCCCAUGUCGUCUCAGCUGUCCCAGCUAAUUUUGCAGAGGAGCUACUGUCAGCUCUUUCCUCUCUGGUGGUGAAGUCUACAGACAAGAACACAUGCACCAGAGCGUUAUGGGUCAUCUCCAAACAGAACUUCCCUCCAGAGGUGGUGGCCAAGAUGGUGCCAGAGAUUCUGAGAACCCUGGAGUGUGUACGGACUAGAGAAGACAUCCAGUCUGUUGUCAUGGAGCAUGAGUCGUUGAAUGUUAUCAUAAGGUUGCUGGACCAGACCCCAGCCCAGAUGGGUGAGUGUGCAGUGCAGUGGGCCAAGCUGGUCAUCCCUCUGGUGGUCCACUCAGCCUCUAAAGUGCGCCUGCGGGCGGCAGCAGCCCUGGAGAUGGGUCUGCCUCUACUAAUAGAGAAACAGAAAGAGGUGGCAGCCAUCAUAGAACCCAUCAUGUCCUCUAAACUCAUCCCAGAGCUCCAGAAACUGUUCUCUACGAAGAACGAGACCAAUGUUCUGAAACUCUGGCCGUUGUUUGUCAGGCUCCUAGGGAAGCUGCUCCAUAGAGGUGGUCCCUUCAUCAACUCCCUGCUUGGCCUGGAGGAACUGGGCUUCCGUAGCUCCUCCCCCAACAUCAAGAAGAUCGCCUUCAUCGCCUGGAAGAGCCUCAUAGACAACUUCUCCCUCAAUCCAGAGAUCCUGUGCAGUGCCAAGCGGCUAAGGUUGCUGCUGCAGCCCCUCCGCUCCAUCCAGGUGAGGACUGAGGCCCUGCUGCUCACCAAGCUGGAGGUCUGGUGGUACCUGGUGGUCAAACUGGGACCCAACCUGCCUGCACACUUUGAACAGGUUGGUGUUCCUCUCCUCCAGUGCACCCUGGGCACUGACUCUGCCUUCCCAACUACUCCAGCCCGGAGCUCCAUUCAGAACAGUGCUGUGGGGACCAGUACACAUAAAACUGGUACCCCAGCCUUCUCCAGCCCUACGGUGAUGCCCCGUCUGAGCCUGAACUACAGUGUGGUGGCGGGCCAUGCCUACCCCUCUAUACAGCUGCUGGGAUUAGAGAUGCUGUUGCACUACUUCAUGGGGUCAGAGGUCACCGCCGCCGCUGCCAAGAACCAACUGACGCUCAGCCUGGAACCUCUGGUUCACCCCUUCCUGUCCAGCCCCCCCUCCUUCACCAAGCACGGCUCUUUGCUUAUCUCCGCAGUCCGCGACAGCUUCAUCUGCAUCGGCAAAGACGCCCCAGAUGCCUUGCUUGCCCUUAUAUGGAGGAACCUUGUCAGUUUCGUAAUCACAACGAUUGAUGCUGCUGGCCAUAAGAAAGAGCGCCCGGGCUCUGAGCUCCUCCCCCUGUUGCUACAGGCUCUACAGAGCAUCAUCUCCUCAGAGGCCCUACCUGCACACAGGGCUCUGAGUCUGCUGGAAAUGACAGUGAAGGGUAUCCCUCAAAGGAUACUGGGAUCUGCCUCUUACCAAGUGGGCAAAAUGGAUCUUUUGAACGGAACCCCAGCUCUGUUCCUGAUUCUCCUGUUCUACAACAGCAGUCUGGUGGGAGGGUUCGUAGAAGAUGAGAGGUUUUUCCUGUGUUUAGAGGCCCUAGUGAGCUGUGGUCUCUCUGGCCUCACGUCCCCUCUGGCAUUUGGGGAGGCGGUCCUGGGGGCGGUGGGGCGCAGCGCGGGGACUCUGGGGAAUAAGGAACAGCUGUGGAGGAUGUGGAGUGUGGUGGUCAACCCACUGACUGUUACCAUCACACAGACCAAUGAGGUGAACCAAGGGGAUGCUCUGGAGCACAACUUCAGUGCUGUUCACACUGCCCUGAUGUUCCCCAUCACACACCUGCUGCCUGGCAACGCCCUGCCACAUGUGACCCAGAAGUCCAUGCUGGGUACGUGGUCCAGGCUGUAUAAGGUGUUUGCCUGCUGCUCUGCCCUUGUGGCCACGGCCGAGGAGAAUGUCUGCUGUGAGGAGCUGUGUGGCAAAAUGGCUGCCCUAUUGGACAGGACGGCCCUGAGGGUUCCGUCAACGUUGGAUGCGGUUGCUAACAUCCUCCUGGUCAUCGUUGAGAGUUCUGACUUCUCUCCCUACACUUCACAGUUUCAACAGAAGUUGAAAUCUCCCCACACCCCUCUGGCCUGGGUGCGUAAGAAAAGCAAAGCCCUUGGGAACCUGUCUACCUUCCAGACCCUGCUGGUCCAGGCCCUGGAGGCCUUUAAUGCUGUUGAGGCUCCUGAGACUGUCCCUGAGGGUACAGGCCUGGCCCUGGUCUCCAUCCUCUCUACCCUGUUCUCUAAUCUGGCCCUGGCUACAGCCAUCAAGGAGGCCCUGGCCUCUCUUACACUGCCCCUCACAGCCCUCUAUGAGCAGCCUGGGAGGACUCCAAAUGAGCAGCUGAAAUCCACCUCAAGUCUUGGAGCAAAGCUGGAGAAGCUCCUGGUUGAUGUGUUGGGCUGUCUGCAGACAUGUUCCGCCCUGGCCUAUGAUGAUGAGCUGCUGUCCCUGCUGUCCCCCCUGCUCUGUGUUCUGUUCCUCCACCGGCGAAAGCACAUCCGCUCCCUCGUCACACAGUUCUGGAACGCAACCUUCGCUAACGCUUUGGUCCUCGUCUACCCAGAAGAACUCAAGCCAGUGUUGAGCCAGGUGAAGCAGAACACUCCUAUCCUCUUACCUGGCUUUCAGUCUGUUGAAGUUCCAGAUGAACUCAGUGGACAGUACUCGAGUGAGAGCUCUCAGCUGGAGACCAAGGUGAGUGGAGUGCAGGUGACUCCUGGGGUGAAGAGAGCUUCUCUACUGGUGAGGGUUGGAGAGAUGGACAGGAGCUCCAAGACAUCCAAGCCUGUCUCGAUGAAGCUGGACUUUGGCUCUCCCAAGCCGCCUCGUAGAGAGGAACUGGAGGAGCAGGCCUCUAUAGACUUUGUGUUCAUCCCCCCCGAGACCAAGGAGAGAGUCCUCACCGAGCACCAGAAAGAGGUCAAGAGAACCAAAAGGGUUGACAUUCCUGCCAUGUACAACAACCUGGAUGCUUCCCUUGAUACCACGGUCUUCACCCAGUACACACAGAGUCAGGAAGAAUCACUGGACACAUUUCCAGCAGUUGAGCAAGUCGAAGAUGUGGAGGUUCCAGAAGAAAACAUGGAAAUGGGGGAGGACGUUGCUGACGAUACCCAGGAAUAUAUCAGUCCAACCAAUGAGACAACAGAAUCUGCAAAGGGAGAGAAGCCUGCAGAUGAGUUACUUCCUGAGUCUGUAGACAUUUCCAUGGAGGAGGAUGUCAAUGAGGAUGUUUUAUUGAAGGAAGACUCUGCCGUGGAGACCAGAGAGGACACCAGCCCUGACGUCUCUGGCGGCUCUGACAUGGUCUCAGGGACGCCUCAGAAAACCAACAGUCGUCGCCAGUCUUUCAUCACUCUGGAGAAGUAUGCUGAGGGGAAGCCUGCUAGUCCUGCCAGCGUGGUGACGUUUACAGGCCCCCUCACCAGGACGGGUAACAGCCAGGCGCAGGCGGCUUCCUCUCCGGAACCACCGGCAGGGGCCGGCCAGGCGCAGGCGGCUUCCUCUCCGGAACCACCGGCAGGGGCCGGCCAGGCGCAGGCGGCUUCCUCUCCGGAACCACUGGCAGGGGCUGACACUGACUCGCAGGAGACUGAACAAGCAAGAUGUAGAAGCUCCAAGAAUCAGUCUUUCAAAAAUGAGGGAGAGAAACCUGAACCUUCAGAAGACAAAAAGCUAUCGGAGGUUGAGAAACCAGCUGAGAAAAGAACAAGUGAAACCGACGAGGACGACGUCAUCCCAGACACCCAGACUCCGGUGGAAAUACUGAAGGAAGUUCUAGUUCCUGCAUUUGAAGAAGUAGUAAUGGGAAACAACAGUCAGAAAGAAGAGGAAUCUCAAGAUCUUCUGGAAGGUUCUCCCAGUUCCCAGGCCGAUCUGAGCCAAGGUGAACCAAGGCGGUCCGGAAGGCGGAGGAGCAGGCCACUGAGACCAGGAGAAGAUGCAGAGGAAUGGGAAGAGAAAGACAAACGGAGGAAGUCUCAACCCAAAGAGGCAGAGUGUCAAAUGGAUUCACCAAAGACUGUGCCCUCUCCUGUCAGUCAAGCAGACGGUCAGUCACAGGGUAGAGCCAGUAGGAGAAGUAAGCUGGCUGUUGACGUGGAGGACCGUGGAAUAGACAAGCUGAGAAAAAUAAGUCACGAGGAGAGCGAGUUGAGCCGAUCAAAUUCAGAGGUGGCCAUGCCUUCACCUGCUGCUGAUAUCAACAGCCAAUCACAGAGUAGCACGGUAUCAAAUAGAAGGAGCAGCAAAUCAGAGGAUCUGGUCAAAGACGAACAAAAGAGAGGUGUUGCAGAGGAGGAGCUCAGUCAAAGUGACUCUCAAACGGACACCCCCUCUGCCUCUGAUAACGAUAGCCAAUCACAGAGUAGAUGUAGUCAGAGGAGUAAGUUGGCUGUGGAAGUGGAGGAUGAUUUCAGGCAGAAACUAAGGAGUAUUAAGGCUCAGAAGGUGGAGGAAAAGACGAGCAAAAUUGAUUCACAUGUAGCCAAACCAUCUCAACAAGAGAGCCAGUCACAGGGUAGUGUAAGCUGGAAGAGUAAACCACUCAGUGAUUUGGAGGAGGUUGACUUUGUCGAUGAGGUUGACAAGCAGGAUCCUACUGAGCAUGAAAGUGAUUCUCAGAUUGCCACACCCUCUCCUGCUGAUCAAACAGGAGAUGGCCAAUCACAGGGUAGAUCUAGCAGGAGGAGUGAAUUGGUCACCGAGUCAGAACAGGGUAAAGGCAAGCUGAAGAGGAGAGGCGGUACAGAGCUACUCAGCCAAAUUGACUCUCAGACUACACCUUCAGCCACUCCAACAGACAGCCAGUCGCAGGGUAGAGCAAGCAGGAGAAGCAAGGUUCCCAUUGAAGUGGCUGAGGUCAAAAGAAGCCUGCAUUUGGCCACUGAUUCAGCUGCAACACCAGAGAAGAACCAGACUCAUUAUCAGGUCGCUCCUUCUGCCACCAGUCCAACAGACCGCCAGCUGAGGCCCAGGGGCAGAACCAGUAAAAGAAACAAGAUGUUAAAGGAGCAGGUAAAAGCCAACAACAGCCCUAACCCAACUCCUAACAUGGAGACUGAGAACUCACAGGUGGUAGAUACAGAAUCCUCACAAGGAAGUGGAAGGACUAAAAGGCGUAAUGCCUCCCAGGCCUUACUAGGCUCCAAUGUGGAGAACUCUGAGUUGGAUGCCUCAGAGCCCCGGGAGGAUGUCCAGAAAGGCCGGAAGCCCACGUCAGCUGGAGCGGUUCCAAGCCCUCUGGCUACAGUUGGAUCAGCAGAGUCAGGGGCUGACCAAGAGAUCCCAUUGGAUAGUUCUGAAACUUCUCUAAGGUCAGACUCGCAAAACCCAUCAAGUGAGGCCUUAGAAGUUGUCAAGAUUCCACAGGAUGUGGAGGAAGCCCUUAAAAUGGUCAACUCUCUUAAACCUGAAGUGCUAGUUCCAAGUCUUCCUGUGAUAACUAAGAAAGAUCUGGGGCAGAGGGAGACAGACAUGGGGGGUGUGGUUGAGGCAGUUGACCCCUUUGUGCCAGAGAAGGCUGAGAGUGAAAAUACUAAGCUUUCUUCUCAACAGACGGAUUCUUCAGUAGAACCUGAUCUAGAACAUAUGAAAAGCCAGGAUGUGUGUAUGUCUCGCCGGAAUAAGGAACGUGGACAUAAAUGGUCAAAAAGCAAAGAGAAUUUCAACACAGUCUCCUCUCAGGAGAGUGACCAUGAUGACCUAGAGUGUGACAGGCCAACACAGAUCCAAAGAAAGCUGCUCAAUGACUCUGAGCAGGCCAACUCUCUCACGCCUUCCACUGAAGGAAAUGCCAUCUCUGAAGAUGGACUAAACAAACUAUGUACCCCUCCCAUUGCCAAUGGCCUCCCCACAGAUACUUCACCUACUGAGGCAACAGAGGAGAAAUUGAGUCUUCGGGUCUCUGAGUCCUCAGAGAAGGUUUUAGAUGGGCUGAAGCCUGUCGCUGUCUCCAGUGAAGAGGUGACCGAGGAGCAGAUGGGAGAACACGAGGAGAACAGACAUCCAGAGUCUACCAAUGUUCUAGAGGAGGACCAACUGGAAGAUGUUGGCAGGUCUAUUGGGCAAGCCCAGUGUUCCAAAGCCUUAGAUGAGGAGCAACAGAAGGAGCAGUACACAUCUAUCAAAGAAGGACAGCCAGAGGCUGACAGCACCUCUGCUGGAACCAGAGAAACCCACACUGAGACUCAGGCGGACAACAUUCAAGAUAUCACUCCUCUCCAAGAGAGGGCAAAAACUGACAAUGUAUCUGGCCUCGAGUGUGAAGAGGAGGGUGAAGAAACCCAGAUGGCCAAUAAUGACCUAGAUCUAUCUCCUUUAAACUCUUUUACCCUUGUGCCCUCUGACCUUCACGAAGCCCCAGUGCCUCUACAUCACCCAAGUACCUCUAAAGACAUGUUGUGCCAAGACUCUCCACCCAAGCAGAAGGAUGCUGUGAUGGGGCUGGAGGUGGGCCAUAGCCCCAGCAGUGGCAGGACCAGGGGGUUGUGGUCCCCCUUAGCUUCCCCCUCCACCUCUAUCCUGAAGAAGGGACAGAAAAGACCAAUAGAAGAGGAGAGUCCUUCGCCUUUCACCAAGUCUCGGCGAGUAUCAUUUGCUGACCCAAUUCAACACCAGGAGCUGGCAGAUGACAUUGACCGUCGCAGCCCUGUCGUCCGAUCUAGCUCCCCAAGAAACAAAACUACCAGCAGCAGCAUCCCUCAGGCGAAGUAUAUCACAACACCAACUAAGGGCUUACUGAUCCUCAGUCCACGCAAUCUCUGCAGCCCAGGUUACAAGAGCUCCAAGAAAUGCCUGAUCUCUGAGCUGGGCCAGGAGCCGAGGCCCAUCCCGAAGGACUGUGUGUACCCGGCCCUGGUCCGCUGUUCUACCCCUGUGGAAGCAGUGCUGCCUCAGAUCACCUCCAACAUGUGGCCUCGUGGCUUUGGCCAGCUUGUGCGAGCCCGGAAUAUCAAAACUGUCGGAGACCUCAGUGCUCUCACACCAAGUGAAAUCAAGAACCUUCCCAUUCGUUCCCCAAAGAUUUCUAAUGUGAAGAAAGCACUUAAAAUAUAUCACGAACAGCAGCAGAAGGGCCGUAGUGAUGAGCUGAAGAGUUUUGAGGAGAUGGAGAAGCUGACAUCUGAGCUGGAGGAGCCAACUGUUCCUCAGAACCAGGGAGAGGACAAGACUCCAGGAGAUGCCCUAGUCACAGAGUUGUUGGAUGAGCCAGUGUCCAAGGAGCACGAGGAACAUCCAGAGAGACCGGACCAAAGCAGGCCUGACCACCAGAAGACUGCUGAGGGUGGUCUGCUGUUGGAGGUGGAGUCUCUGGCGGCUCAUCUGACUGGGGAGGGAUUGAGCCACUGCUCCUCUGACCAGCUGGUUCUGAUCCAUGAUCAGCUGGGAGGCAUGAUGAGGACGGUGGUGCUGCAGCUGCAGAGCAGACUACUGGCUCAGAACAAGGACAGCGGACCCUGAUCCAAACACUAGACAGUCCCCGGGUUUGGAUUACAUAUUUUGGGAAUGCCCCACGUGAAGUCUCUUGAAGAUGCCUAUUGACAACUGUGGGGGGGCGGCACAUUGGUGUUUGAAUUCUUACAGAGGUCUUGUUUUGUUUAUGUGGGGGCCCGGGCCCCCCAGCCCCCAUCAAGGUUUCCCCUCUCACACUCCAACUCUUAAGAUCUAAGAGUUAACCAAGUACUACACAACAAGGCCACCAGGAUCUGUUUGGAUUGUGUUUUUAAACUCUUUUUCCUUGUCCUCUCUGAUGGCUGAGGGAGACAUUUUUAUAAAUGCUAGUUCAGGCUAAAAAGUAGUGGUGGCGAUUAGUUGUCAUGACAAGAGUGAAAGCGAAGCAUGGUCUCUGAUUGGCUAUACCAAGGCUUUGCCAGGAAGUGAUAUUUUAACCAUACAUUGUGGUCCGGAGGAUGGCACUUUUUACGUUGUGUACCUAUGAAAUAAAGGUUUGAAAGAUGGA